GACCACUGUCUGGAUAACACAACAGCCCUAUUCUAUUCAUCUCUACUCUCUUCCCUGCAAGAAAUAGAAACUUCACACUUCUCCCAAUUCCAUGGCUGCAACUACUUAUCUAUGCUUCUCUCCUUCUUUUUCCCUCUCUUCUCUGUCUUCCCACAAGUCCCAAAAAGUUACCUUCUCAAUUCUCCCCAUUCGAAAACCUCAAUCUCGAAUUCGCACGAGAAUCCUUGCCUGCGAGAAGAAAGGCAUCGAUUUGCUGGGUGAUUUUGGAGCCAGAGACCCAUUUCCAGCUGAGAUUGAGAGCAAUUUCUGCGAGAAUAUUCUGGGAAACACCAACACCGAGCACAAGAUUCUCAUCCCAAACGCUUCUGCUCUCUCCCUUUCUCAACAAGAGUGUGCUCCCAUUUCACCUAAUCAGCCUCCCAUGUCUGACUUUGAAGCUCGCCAGAUGUUGUUCAAGGUUGUUGGGUGGAGACUGGCAAAUGAAGAAGGGGUUCUCAGGCUACAAUGUACAUGGAAAUUGAGAGACUCAGAUUGUUGUGUUGAACUCAUCAAUAGAAUAAAUGAGGUUGUGGAAGGCACAGGGCAUUCCUCUAAUCUUCAUUUGGAGCAGGAGGCCAACCAUGUUAGAGCUGAUUUAUGGACAGUUUCCAUUGGAGGCUUGAGCCUGAAUGACUUCAUUGUAGCUGCUAAAAUAGACACAGUUAAAACAUCAGACCUUGUCCCCAGAAAGCGAGUUUGGGCAUAGCCGGAAAACAAUUCAUCUUCUUGGCAAUGGCUGGUUAUCCUUCUGCUGGCUUACCACCUUUUUUGAAGUACUUUUAGAUUACCCUACAAAUCAUUCAAAGCUGUUCCAUACAUUUGUAGAUUGUAAAAGCUGUUCCCAUGAAGGAAACUUGGGUAAUUUCAGACCUGUAUUGAUAACCUAUGAGAGAUGUAUAUUGAUAGUGACAAGUAAACCUUGUAUGGGUAUCUUCAAA